AUGUCUCCCUCGCCGAAAGAUGACGACUCUAUUGAUGUGGAGGAGGCUCCAAAUAAGUCAGACAAUUCGCCAGAGGCUGAAAGCAGCCAGAGACCACAAUUAGCGAAGAGACGAACCAAGACUGGAUGUUUGACAUGUCGGAAGAGGCGCAUAAAAUGCGGAGAAGAGAAGCCGAUAUGUAGGAAUUGCGUCAAGUCAAAACGCGAAUGCCUCGGUUAUGUCCAACCUCUUGUCUACAAACAACAGAGUCAAGAGACUCACUAUCCAGGAUUUGACCAAGAUGAACCAUUGAUGAGCUCAACUGAGUUCAGAAGCUUCGUUCCCGGACCUUUUUCUGAUCCGUUGAUUAUAUCGGAUGCCCAGAGGGCUACGACAUAUCAGGCGUUCGGUCCAUCACGCUCCUCGUCCUACGAGCAACUUCCCUUCAACGCCAGCUAUCAUGCAUAUCCUCCCGCCAUUGGUGACGGUCAGAUGCCACUAGGAUCUACAGGCCAGUUUGAAUGGCAAGGCGCCCAGGCCUCAGUUGAACAGCGAGCUCUAAACAUGGUCGCCCCGCCAGGAUUUUUUGGGCUAUCGCAGGUGAAUGACGAUAAUCACUACGCCGCAAGCACGAAUCCCAGCUACAGUCCAUAUUUCCAACACAUGAACAGCUGGGGACCACUAGGACCCUGGUCAAUCUCGCCUCAAAUGCCGUACCCAGCCGCAGCUUUUCCAAGCGAUCUGACACUCCAUGACCACGCUCAAAGCGCAAAUGAUCUCACACAGAAUCCGUCACAGUUUGCACAAAACCCCUUCCGCCAUAACCUGCAAGAAAACGGGCCACGUCGUGCUGGGAUGUAUGGCCGUGGGGAUAGUUCGCGUCCAUUUACCCAAUCCUCAGGAUCAGUCACGUUGCAAAACCUGACCAACUCGAUUCCUGCAAGCUCUGACUACUAUGAUGACCCUGAUGACCCAUUUGACGUGGACUCGGACGAAGAGAAUUUGUCAUACCAAGUGGCUGCAGAGAACCUAACACAGGCACUCGACCAGAGUGAGCAGUACAAAAGGAGGAUGUCUCGGCUUAACGCUCUUCGCCGAACAAACCAAACUGUGACAAACUUUCGACCUACUACCACGAUCUCACCUCUCAGGGAGGAGCGCAAUCAACACCUCUUCCGUCAUUUUGUAGAAGUGACGAGCCAAUGUAUUUCCGUGUUCGAGCGUCAUCACUUUAGUCCUAUGGCUGGCCCGGCGAGAACCCUGUGGAAUUUCACACUCCCAUCCAUGGCUAUGUCGCACCCGGCUCUGGCACAUGGGAUUCUAGCUCUUGGCGCAUUGCACCUCUCGAAAUUACAAAACACUUCCGACGCCACUGCUGUUAAGCACUUCACGUAUGCGGUGCGAAGGGUAGGGCGGCUACUGGGUCUACCCAUCAGGCGUCUCGAGAUUGCCACUUUGGCAACAGUCCUGAUUCUUGGUUUCUAUGAAGUCAUGAGCGGGGAUCACUCUCGAUGGAACCUGCACUUGUCUGGUGCCACUCGCCUAGUAAUUGAACACGACUAUGCAGGUAUGACUCGCAACACAAGGCGCAUGCGGAAUGGUGCAAAAGCAAGGGUCAACCAAUGGAUGGCUCGGUUCGCUCUUACAGAAGAGAAUUAUGCUCGCGUUGCUGGGAUACCACUGGCUCUUCUUGAUGACAUCGACUGGGAAGUCGAUUCAGCUUUGAUUUCUCGUCUAACCGGCCUCUCGGUGGAUUAUGAUCAUCAGAUUCAGCCUCAGUUCCCGACACAGGGAUUGGUAGCCAGUCUUACCGAGAAGGAUAUCGAGGACUUCAAGGCGAAGAUGGAUCUGCGAUGGUGGUAUUGCAAGCAAGAUGUUUUUCAAAGUUGCAUCGGUGGUGACCGACUAAUGUUACCUUUCGAAGAAUGGAAGUACUGCCCGCCUCGAGGUCAGCUCGGACGAUCAGCUAACCCGUACGCAACCCUGGACCAUCUCUGUCUGAUCAUGGCACGUAUAGCAGAUUACAGUGCAAAAGAUCGAAUUCGAAAGCAACGCGCUUUAGCAGCUACAGAGGGUGACUGGCGGCCCCCAACAUGGUUGUUCGGCCCGCGAGGGCCACCCAGCGGCAAGAACGAGGGUUCUAGAAAUUCAGACUCAGCGGCCUCUUCUAGCAGUUCUCAUUCUGGACGAUCUGGAGGCUCAAACAGGUCUGCAGGCACGAAUGCUUCUAAAGCUACCGCAGCACCGAGUGCUAAUGAGGGUAGAGUGCGCCAGAGUAAACCCGCUCCAAUGGGCACGAGUUUACCAAAUCGGCCUCCGAUGAUGGGUAUGAUCCCCCCUCCGGAAGGCCCGAUUCAAUUGCAUUCUGCAUUCAAAACCAUGGACGCAAACCUCAAGGAUCCUGCUUUCGUACGGAAAAAAAGCGACAGUAAGCCAACGCCGCCUGGAAACCUCGAGGACGAAACCUCUAGAGCUUUCAAGGAGCACGAGGACAUCAAAAAUGCAUUUGACCUUUUUGAAAGGUCUUUAGGCCCAGAAUUCGACCCUCUUCCAUAUACCGAUGCGCCAAUAGCGACACCUUUCGGGCCUGCCUUAGUAUACAGAAACCCGGGCAUUGCCUGUAUCUGGGGAUUCUAUCAUGUUGGUCGAAUACUUCUGCACCGUUCGCAUCCAGAGAUGCCUCCGGCCGCGAUGGUAGCGGCAAGCGUCACGGCCCACCUAACCCGUGAUCAUGCUCAAACAAUUGGGAAAAUCUGUGCCGGAUUAUAUGCGACACAGCAUUACAACCAGUCCGGGGCAUUGGACCCCACUCAUGCUGGUGCUUGCAUGGAGAGCACCUUCUACCUGCUAUUCGCAGGAGUGCAGUACACGGAUCCUGGACAACGCGGCUGGACCAUCAGCAAACUGAGAGACAUUUCUCAAAAGUGCGGAUGGCACACAUCUGCUGCUGUCGCGGCCGCCUGUGAAACUACAUGGGUACGGAUUGGGCAAGCAGGGAGAGGUCCGCCUUAUGAACGGAAGAUGGAUCCUCGCAACCACGACGACCGGCAGACAGGUCUAGGUCCAAGGGCGGCUGAGCCUUCUCCCGGCACCGUCGAUACCUCGAAUGCAGAAAAGGAUCACGAAUCAGCCUUCGUAGUCCAUGACCGCAAUUUAAUUAGCCGCUCUGGCUCCGCAAGGGUGCACUGGGCGCUUGGACUGCUAUCGGUCGAAGAGGACAUCAAGAAAAUGAACUUGAAUGAAUAG